AUGUGGAUCAGUUCAGCUGUCCAGUCUGUUUGGAUCCUCUGAAGGAGCCGGUGACGAUUCCCUGUGGACACAGUUACUGUAUGAGCUGUAUUACUGACUGCUGGGGCCAGAAGGAGCAGGGGCCGCCGUACCGCUGUCCCAAUGCAGAGAGAGCUUCAGUCAGAGACCUCUACUGAAGAAGAACACUCUGAUAGCUGAGAUGAUGGAGACGCUGCAGAAGACGUCCCUACAAACGGCUGCUGUGGAGUGUGAUGUUUGCACUACAGAGAAGAACAGAGCUGUAAAGUCCUGUCUGCAGUGCUUGGCCUCCUUCUGUCAAACUCACCUGCAGCUUCACUAUGAAUCUCCUGCGUUUAUGAAGCACAAACUAGUCGAAGCUUCCAGAAACAUUCAGGAGAACAUCUGCCUCAGUCAUGGGAAACUUCUGGAGAUUUACUGCCUGGAUGAUCAUCAAUGUAUUUGUUGUUUGUGUGUGACUGACAAUCAUAAAAAACACAAUGUGGUGUCUAUGGAUUCAGAAUGGACUAGUAAAAAGAAAGAGUUAAAGGAGAUGAAGGUGGCGUGUCAGAAGCUGAUCCAGGAGCGAGAGAGAGGUCAGCGGGAACUCAGAGAAGCUGUUGAAAGUUCAGCUCUAGAGACCAUGGAGGACAUUGAGAAGGUCUUCACUGAGCUCAUCUGCUCUCUUGAGAAGAAACGCUCUGAGAUUAAAGAGCAGAUCAGAGCUCAGGAGAAGACUGAGAUAGAUCGAGCAGAGGAACUUCACAAACAUCUGGAUCAAGAGCUGACAGAACUCAGAAAAAGACAAGCAGAGAUUGAGAAACUUCUGAUUACUGAAGAUCAGAUCCAGUGUCUGAAGAGCUGUCAGUCUGUGUGUGUUUUACCUUCAUUUGAAGACGUUCCCAGCUUCACUCAACACACUCAUCUGUCUUUUAAAGACAUUUCAAUCUCAGCGUUUAAGGAGGUUUUGGAGGACGUCUAUCAACAGCAAACAGCCAGAAUAUCACGAGAAGAUUUCUGUGAACUUCACCUGGAUCCAAACACAGCACACAAAAACCUUGAACUGUCAGAAGAGAACAGGAAAAUAUCGGGUUCAGAUGAAGCUCAGCAAUAUCCUGAUCACCCAGAGAGAUUUGAUGAGUUUCCCUACAUCUUGUGUCGAGAGGGUUUGUACGGUCGCUGUUACUGGGAGGUCGAGUGCAGUGGCAAAAAUUGGGCUGUAGCAGUUUGUUACAAAGGCCUUGGAUGUAAAGGAAACAGUGAAGACUGUGGACUUGGCUCCAACAAAAAAUCAUGGAGAUUGGGCUAUUAUCAGCAUAAUUUCGGUUUCAUACAUGCUAAAAUAAAGGUCCGUAUCCCUGCUGUCUGCUCCUCUAGAAUAGGAGUGUAUCUGGAUCACAGAGCAGGAACUCUGUCCUUCUACAGCGUCUCUGACACAAUGACUCUCCUUCACAGAGUCCAGACCACUUUCACUGAACCCUUAUACCCUGCUUUUCUAAAUGGACAAGGUUCAUCUGUCAGGAUCAUAGAGCAGAAAAAAAGAUCAAUUAUAAAACCAGAAUUUAUUCCAUAA